UGUAAAAGUUAACCUAACAAAUCAUUUUGUUAAAUUAUUAUAAAAGUUUAAGAUGCAAUUUGAAUGGGCAUUAAAAUAUCCGGAGCUUUACAAUUUCUGCCUAAAAUUUAAUUUAAGCGAAUUAAAUGAUCCAAUCGAAGUGUCGUACACAAACCUCGAAGGAAUCCUCCAAGAAGGACCACAAUGCGGCUUAGUCGCGUUAGCAAUUUGCAUGAGAAAGCCCACCAAAGAUACCGUAGAGAAAUUAUUAACAGACGCGAGAAAUUCAGGUUAUACAUAUAACGGUGAAUUAUUUAGUGCGGCGGAAUUUUUAAAUUUAGUUCAAAAGCAUUUACCAGAAAACGAAGUGUCCUUAUACAGCGGUUUCUUAGACUCCAAUCAUGUUAUAAGCUUUUUAUUGAAAGGUGGCUUAAUGCUGGUACCUUACGACUGCGAUAAGAACCACACACCUUGUAACUUAAAUGGCCAUAAGGCACAUUGGGCGGCGAUUAUUGGAGUAAUUGUCACAAGUACCGUAAACUUUGUAAUUGCGAAACAUGGAAAAUCAAAAAACCUGGCUGUUUGGAAUAUACGGGAUUUGGCAGAAAGUAAUAGUCAAUUGGUUGAAUUUUCGGAGGAUCGAAAAUUGUCUAAUGUUAAAUACAAGUUGCCGAUUAAUGGGAUUGGCGAAGAGAAUGGUUUAAAGUGUAAGUCUAUUUGGAUUGCACCAACGAGAGUAUAAUUACUAGCGUUUUGGGAAACUAUCAUUGUCUACCUCAUUUUGUGUUCAUGUGUUCUACUGCUCCAUCUACUACUGCCUUACCUCUGUGUGAUAUUAGCCAUAUCAGUAUAAAGAUCAGUUAAGAUGAAUUUUGAAUUUAUAAGUAAAUGAGUGGUUGAAGAAAUUUAAUGGAUAUGGAGACAAUUCUUCACAGUAAUAGAAAAACUACAAUUUAUAUUUUAAUGUACCUACUUGAUUUUUAAAUGUGUAAAUUGGUGUAGUGCAGUUAAGUACCCCAAAGGUUGUAUUUUCGAAGGCAUAUGUACAUUCAAAAUCUAUGAAUGCUCUCAGAUUUCUCAAUCUGCUCAACAACAUAGUGUAGUGUGACGUUAGUACACUUCCCCGGAGGUACCCGUGCUAAUUAGGAUGCAACAGGUAUCGAGAUAAAACCAUGCCCCUUUUGUAAAGUUUGGGUCAAAUUGGCAUAUUUUUAUAUUUAUCUGUCUCAUAGCCUUUCACAGUCUUGAGAGAUACGAUAUCGCAUAGUGACAACCUCUGGGAAGUGCAGAGCAUCUCUCAAUAUCUUAGCUGUCUCAGAGAGCUCUGUCUUUUCUGAGACUACAGCUGAAUAGUAAUAAUGCUGGUUUUUAUUUAGAAUUUACUACAGGCGCGAUACAAAGGAUUCUACCAGUCCACAAAAGCUCUUCCAGGCCUCUCUCUGAUAUCUCUUAAUUUCCUUUUUAUUUUGCCUUAGAAGUAUGUUGUAUGUCUCCCUGUCAACAGUGUUUUUAGUUUGGCUUUGUAGACCAGUUUGCCUACUAGUUUGAAUUUUUGCUUAGCGCACGCCUUGCGCCACCAAGAGUGUUUGUAGGGUUGCUUGGCAAUUCUCAGAGAGCAUGCCUGUUCAUAGCACUUAAGGCGUUGCCCUUAGAUUAGGAAAGCGCUAACGGAUAGACACGAGUUUCAAUCACACGAAAUAAAGUCCACCCUACGAUUAAUUAUAGGCGGUUAACUCGACUUCGCUCCGUACCCAAUGUGAAAUUUUCUAAUGCAAAUCAACCCUGCACUAAAUUACAGGGUAUCGGCUUAACUGCGAACCACUUCACGCCAAUUGUCUGGUGGCUUGACGCGAAUUCUCUCGAGAUUGGACGCAAAUUCUUUCGCAGUUCUCCCAGAACAAUCUACUUUAUUUUGUGAGAAACAGGGAUGUUAAAAUAUAAAAAGGUGAAUAGUGUGCUGAAAAAAGUGAAAGUAAAAAAUCGCGCGUGGGUGCAGAAAGGAUGUAAACAUUUUGAGAGACGAUUUUACGUUUAGUUAAUCUGUGAUUGAAUUAUAGUGCAUUUUAUGUUAAUAAAGUAUUCAUUAAACAUUUACAAUAACAAGGGAUACGCAAACUUUUCCACCAAUAAACUAAUUUUACACAACAAAUCAGCUAGAUUGCUUGACGUGCCACAACUCGAACAAUGUGAGUAAUUUCCCGCUGAUCUUGAAAAACCCAAAAUAAACAAAACCUUUUCUGUAAUCUAAUCUCAUCACGCCACAUCCCUCGAUUUAGUGUCGCCUAAAGUUUUUAAACCUUAGACCAUACAGUACUAGGUACAUGGACUGCUAUUAGCCCACAGUAUUAACAUAUGUUUUCAAUACAAAUCCGCAGUCACGGAUGGGGGAGUAGUCCUGGGUAUGUGAAUCUUAGAUUAUAAGAUGUGAAUCUCAGAGUAAACUAAAGUCAUGUGAACACUACCCGAAUCGCUUAAAAAGUAGUUUCUAUAGAUAGAUAGAUAGAUAGAUAGAUGUAUAUUUGUGCUGUACAAAUGUAUAAAUAUGUUUGCACACGUCAAAUUGCAAAUCUUGUAUAAUAACAAUGGUAUGUAUACACGAAAAGAGAAAAAAAGUAUUUGUAUAGAUAAAAAAAGACAUUUAACAAUAAGAUUAAUGUAUAUAAACAAAAACAAAUAUUAGACAAACAAACAGAAAACUCAACCACACAUAUCGAAAUCACAGUCUAAGUACUCUUCUACACUGUAGAAUGCAUUGUUUUGCAGAUGUUUUCGCACUUGGGUAGCAACCGCGUGGUACGGGAAACUUUAAAUACGCUUCAGUCUCUUCUAUACGUCCACAAAUAAGAAUACGAAUAGGUUUGUUUUUUUGGUAAAUCCAUUUAUUUGUGUAUUUUUCUAUUUUGCAUUUUGUUGUCAUAGUUACUUAUUUCACGUAUUUGGGUGGGCUAUGCCAGGGUUUUUGGCCCGUAAUAGGUUUCCGUGGUAUUGGUACUGCCUUGUGUGCGUAAUAUGGUUUAUUUUGCAUUUUUUUGCGCAGAAAGUUCCGCAUUUUAUUCAAUUCCCUUCCCGGUAUUAUGUUUCAAUUCCCAACACAAAACAACCUAUUACACAACGUAGGAUCCAUCGUGCCACCCGGUCCUAGCCAACUGCUAUUGAGAUUCAAAUGUGCCGCGAAACAUCCAACGUUUCGACUUUAGGGUUAGGUGGCUCUGCUUGUAGUUUUUCCCCAGAGUUGCCAACUGAUGUAAGUAUACGUCACGCUUUCAGUACCGGCUUCGGGGGACAUCAAACAUCAUCUACAUACAGCACAAGCGGCUACAGAGAGUAACUGAGGUGACGUUGACCAUGCGCUGUAUCCUUUUAGUACCCAUACCAAAAAACGAAUGUCAGCCGCCUGGAUGCGCGAUGUGUAUCCUUACCACUAGGCACGAUUCUUCAUAUCCUGACUGAACUGAGCUCACAUUUCAAAAAAGUUGAGCAAAGGGGACACCCGUCAUGCGUUAAAUGAAAUUUUGAAUGUAGGCACUUAGAAUAUGUAAAAGUAAAGCAAAUGUCGAAAAACAAUUGUUCUGCGCAUGCGCAAUUCGUUUUUUUUUCAAUGAAAUGUAGCAUGUAUGUAGACAUCUCGAAGUAGUUCUAGUGUUCGCAUGUUCAAAUGAUAUCUUAAUUCAAGAACAAGUCCCGCCAGGGCGUGGGCCCCCGCUCAAAAACUGGACGCUAACCAAGAUGCCUGUAAUGAGAGAUCAGCUUCCAGGUUUUUUCAUAUGUAUUCUUUUUUUUUUCUUUAAUGUAGGCAAAGUAACAUUAGCCAUGUUACUAUUUUGGUUACUUUACUAAAAACGAGCUUUUGAAUUUCUCAAAUCUGUGAUCUCUAGUCUUCAAUCAAAUGUAUUAUAAAUUUGCUAAAGAAAUAUGUUAAAAAAAUAUUCUAGUCACUCAUACAAUGAUACACAAAACUGAAAAAUUCAUACAUGCCAUUUCAGCUUAAUGAAGUUUAUGGCAUCUUCCAGAAAUAUAAGUACCUACGUUAAUUCAUAAAAAUAUUAUGUAGAUUUUCAUGCGAGGUCUUUUUCUCAUGCGUAAUAAACAAAUAGUUGCUGGCAUUAUAUAAUUUUUGUGUCGAUGCUUUGUUCAAUCUCUCUUUUAAUA